AUGAAGUUCAUCGCUACAGUUCUCUCCGUCCUUCCAGUAGUCCUCGCUCUACCAACAGGCGAAGAUGCAUCCAUCUCAAAGCGCCAGAGCGUGAACACAGUGACAGACCAGCUCCUCUUCAGCGUUACACUCCCACAAUUCACUGCUCGUCGCAACGCCCGCGAUCCUCCCACUGUCGACUGGACCUCUGAUGGUUGCACUUCGUCCCCCGACAACCCAUUCGGCUUCCCUUUCGUCCCCGCUUGCAACCGUCACGACUUUGGCUACCACAACUACCGCGCCCAGAACCGCUUCACAGUGAGCGGCAAGGCCCGUAUCGACAGCAACUUCAAGACCGAUUUGUACUUCCAAUGUCAAUCUUCGAGUGUUUCUGGUGUCUGCAGAGGUCUUGCCGAUGUCUACUACGCUGCUGUCAGAGCCUUUGGCGGAGACGAUGCUACACCUGGCAAGAGAGAUGAGGACCUUGUUAAAGAGUACGAGGAGAAGGUUGAGGUCUACAACAAGCUUGUUGAAGAGGCUCAGGAGAAGGGAGACCUACCUCGCCUUGACUAA